AACAAACGGGAUUUAACUCCUAAAUGUCAGUGAAUUGAACAGUGAAACCUGAGAAGCAUGAUCUAUACACUAAAACUGCUUCAUUAAGUUAAAGUUGUUUAGCUUCUUGGCCCAGGUCCACACACACCAAAGCAGCGUGCAGACGUAUCCCGUUUGGGUGAGCUGCGUGGGAAAGCUCUCCAGAUUAUGAACCAAUUCGGUGCGUCUACACUGAUCAAUCUGUCCACCUUUAACCCCUCCACCACUACCAUGUCCACAUCUGUUGCUGUGAAGCAAGAGCAGACUGUUGCCAACAGUACUCCAGGGGUCAAAGUGCCAGGGACAGCAGCAGCAGGAGGUGGACGUACAAGUCCAGAUGCCAAUCAAGUUCUAACAAAGAAGAAGCUCCACGACCUGGUCAGAGAGAUAGACCCUAAUGAACAGCUGGAUGAAGAUGUGGAAGAGAUGCUCCUGCAGAUAGCAGAUGAUUUCAUAGAAAGUGUAGUCUCGGCAGCCUGUCAGUUGGCGCGACACCGUCGAUCAAACACGUUAGAAGUGAAAGAUGUACAACUUCAUCUUGAACGGCAGUGGAAUAUGUGGAUUCCAGGAUUUGGGUCUGAAGAAAUCCGGCCAUAUAAAAAGGCAUGCACAACAGAGGCACACAAACAGAGAAUGGCUUUAAUUAAAAAAACUCAAAAGAAGUAGAAGCCCAUUGCAGCUGCACACCUCAUCUGCACACCACAAGGACUUCUUCAAUGUGCAGCAAGCAAGCAAGAAGAUGGUCUCCUCAAGGGAAAAAAGAGAGAUUUGUGUGCGAGACAGAAUCCACUAAUUCACACUGUGGAUUUAUCUUUUCUUAACCCUGCAUUACAAAGCCCUCUGGUAGGGAAAAGGGUGAAAGUCUCCUCUGUUUAUAUUUGUAUAUAAAAAGGGUGUUUUAGUAAAGUUUGCAGAAGUAACAAUACCUGUGAAGGUUCUUUGUGUUAGGGGUGCCAAUGCAGAAACAGCAGAGGGAACCUCUAAUGUUGCAGCAACAGAGCUGUGUCUCUUCACAGGAAUAAGAUUGUUGAAGAAUGAGGUGUUAGUAAUAAUUGUUUAAAGUCUCAUGCACAAUAGCUUUGUGUCUACAGAAUGAAAUGAUGCUUCACAGUGGGAAUAGCAGAGAAAGAUGGUCACAUACCUCGUACAGAGACUUUAGAUGUGUGUUUUCAGCAUGCACACUUAUUUCUCUGUUUUGCCUGGUCCUCCUCCACAGCAAGGCAUUCCCCACUCCAAUGCUCCAUUUGUGGUCGCUCUUCCCGUGCUGCUUUGAGUAGCUCCCGACACAGAAGAGAAAGUGCAGCUGAGACGUUACUGCCAGUCCGUGCGGACGUCUCUAAAUAUGGAGCUCUCAGGUUAUCUGCCAGUCUCUGUCCAUCUUCUCUGUUUAUCACUCGCUGCUCUCGUAAGUCACUCUUUGCUCCCAGCAGCAGGAAUAAUAGAGGGUGCGGUCGUGUGCGAUCUAUAACCUCCUGAUACCACUCCAUGAUGCUCUCAAAAGACGAACGAGCAGUAAGAUCAAAGAGGAGAAUAACACCAGCUGCAUUCCUGUAAUAAGACCGUGUAACCGCCCUAGAGACAAAAGUACAGGAUGGAGAUAAUAUCAUAUAACAAGUAAAAAAAAUUUUUUUUUUUUUUUUUUUUUUGAGGCCUGCAUGAAAAUGAAAAGGGUUUGAAAUAUUGCAAUUUACUUUGGUACAAAUAAAGGCAAGCUAAAUGGCUUGCAGUGUGCUUCUGUGCAUAUGCAAUGAUACAUCAGUGUGUUAUAGAAGAUGGCAUUCUCUCUUCACACAGCUAAAUAAACAUACUUUUGUACAUUGACUGAAAAGAUUCAAUCACACUGCCAGAGAAUUGUCUCCACCUCACCGAUAGCGCUCCUGGCCAGCUGUGUCCCAGAACUGCAGUCUGAUUUUAAUUCCACUCUCCAGCUCCUCUACUCGGGAACAGAAAUCCACCCCUACAGUUUGCCCUGUGCUUUCUGAGAACUGGCCAUCUGUGUACCAUCGGAGCAGAGAGGUUUUUCCUACCCCGGAGUUUCCCAGUAACAACACACGGAACUGGAAGUCCCAAGCACACGCCAUCCGAAGUGCUUAGACUGGCAGUCUGAUGAGUGGAGCAAUCGACUGUUUAUAAUGAUACUCUCUCAUUCUGCGUUUUCUCAUUGUACUGGCUGUUAGCUAGGCCAGUUUCAGGUUUCCACUUGCCUCCUGCAUUCCCCUCCCUCAUCCUUGUCUGGACAGGUAAAUAACUGCAAAAAUGCUACUUCACUCCCUCACUCCUAACCACCACUGUAAUAAAAUGAACAGACUGUUUAUCAAUCCCUUGUCACUUUUGUAGAAGUACUGUUUGUAUGUUAAAAAUAAAACCCUAAUUGGGAUAUGG